AUGCCCCCCAAGAAGAAGGUCGUUGCAGACGAAAGUGCUGAGGCUGCUGGUGACGGCCUCUUCAUCUUGAUCAUCGAGCGCCAACUCACCACCGAAGACUACCACAAGAUCGUCGAAGCUCUGCCGCCCGGUGCUAAUUACAACGGCGUUCGUCAGCGUAUAUCCAAAUUUCGCAAGGAGCAGCGUGCACGUAUGGAGGAGCUUGGAUGGGCUCUACCUGAUGGCACCGCUACCAAAGCUCCUGUGAAGACUCCCACCAAGUCCCCAAAGAAGCGUGCUGUUGCCACUGAGAAGAGCGAUGAGGGCGGUGAUGCUGAGGCUGAAUCCCCCACCAAGAAGCCGCGCGCUCGCAAGCCUAAGAAAGAGAAUGCCAAGAAGGAGAUCAAAAUCGAGGAUAUGGCUGAUGGUGGAGAGAUGGAAGACGAAGGUGUCCAAAGAGAGGCAGCUGAGGAUGCUAGCUAG